GGUCACACUACACCAGCGAAUUUCAGCUGUUCAACAACAACAGCACGCGGUAACAACUAGAACGAACUACAACAAAACAAUAAGAUUGUAAUCAAGCUGUUAACAGUUAUUAGCGAGCUACCAAAAAAAAUAUCCGCAGUUCCAAUGCGCCUAACAAACGGUAAGCAGCAUUCCAAGGAGAGCCCAUAGACAGAGAUAGAAAAACGGUGAAGGUCGCGCUGCGAACAGAAUGCGAAGAGCGAGCGAAAGAGGUAUAGAGAGAGAGCGAGAUAAUUGAUUCGCAGGUUGGUGUUGGUGUAUAUUCUUAUUAUAUUAACCCCGACACGAAACAAAACAUAUCGAGAUCCCCGAACCAAACCGGAUUAACUAGCAUCUGUAUCUCGUUUCUCCCGCGGAUUAGAAUACCUCCCAUUGCGAAGAUAUGGCUUUGAAUCUGAAGGCCCUGCUGGGCAUGCUGUUCGUCUUUAUCGGCUGUUGCAGCAACGUUGUCUUCUUGGAGCUGAUCAUCCAGAUUGAUCCGGGAGCCGGAAACCUAAUCACUUUUGCACAAUUCCUAUUCAUAGCACUGGAGGGACUCGUCUUUACAUCCAAGUUCUUUACGGUGCGUCCAAAGAUUGCGCUCAAGGACUAUGUUAUCCUGGUGGCCCUGUUCUUUGGGGCAAACGUAUGCAAUAACUAUGCCUUCAACUUUAAUAUACCCAUGCCACUGCACAUGAUCUUCCGCAGCGGAUCAUUGAUGGCCAACAUGAUCAUGGGCAUAGUGUUGCUAAAGAAACGCUAUAACCUCCGGCAGUACAGCUCCGUGGCCAUGAUCACGGCAGGCAUUAUACUGUGCACCUUAGUUUCCAGCGGUGAUGUCAAGGAUAACACACACCACAGCCUUAAAGUGGACACAUCCUACUCGGACUUCUUCUGGUGGUCAGUGGGCAUUGGUUUGCUCACGAUCGCUUUGCUAGUUACCGCCUAUAUGGGCAUAUACCAGGAGGUAAUAUACAAGAAGUACGGUAAACAUCCCAGCGAGGCGUUGUUCUUCACGCACAUGCUGCCCCUGCCCGGAUUUCUAAUAAUGGCAGGCAAUAUCGUCCAACACUUUGGCAUUGCGUGGUCAUCGGAACCUGUGGCGGUUCCUCUACUCGGAGCCAUUGGUCUGGAGUGGAAGUUCCCGCUGAUGCUGUUCUACCUCCUUUGCAACGUGAUUACUCAGUAUGUUUGCAUCAGUGCGGUCUAUGUCCUGACCACCGAAUGUGCCUCGUUAACCGUCACUCUGGUUGUCACCCUGCGCAAGUUCGUCUCGCUGCUGUUCUCUAUCAUCUAUUUCCGGAAUCCCUUUACCCUUAACCAUUGGGUGGGCACCAUCCUGGUCUUUUUCGGCACCAUACUCUUUGCCAAUGUGAUCAACCAGGUGAGGGAUGCCUAUCGGGCCAGGUCAAGCGGGAAGGGCCGCUUCGACACCGCUCCGGUGGCCAAGAAAGUGGAGUAAUCUCCGAGGGCUGUGUUCGAUCCUGCUGCAGAGGCCAUUAAUUUUUAAUUUUUAGUCUUAGCGCCUUGUUUGUACAUAGAAUACGCUUAGUCUGUAGACGCCUCUUUGUCUGGCUUGUAAUCUUUGUCCUUCGAGAAGUGUGCUUAUCCCUGUCUUUUUUUUUCUAAAUAAAUAAUUGUCCAAAUUUUUGUAAUACCUAUUACACUGCUGAGUGUUUUGAGCUUUAAGCCAUGUAUCUUACUGAUUUUUGAUAUUUUAAAUAAAUUCUCCAAAAAUGAAAUUGUAA